AUUGAUUGGACAGUUAUCUGCAAUCAUAUAUCAAGUAUCAACCAUCUUAUGAGCUUGGUUGCUCAACGUCUAGCCAACGUGUUGAAGCGAAUCGCCAUAUGAGGCCUUUUUAAAACUAAUAAUAAAAUUACGAGACCCCAACAAUUAUACUUUCAUCCCUACAAAUAAUUAUUUUUUUCCCAUUUUAUCCUUUUCAUUAUUUGACUUUACCCCUACAAUUUUUUUUCAUAACAUUAAAUUUUUUUUAUCCUCAAAAUUUCAAACCGGAAUACUUAAAGAAAGAAAUCCGGUAUGUAACAAUCUAUGAUGAGAUGAAGAUUGGUACCGGAAAACUAUGAUAGUGAAUUCCAGUUAGCAAAAUAGCAAGAUCUGGAUUUCUUGUGCUGCACUAUAGCACCGCUACCCUUGCUCUUUUUCAAAGCUUCAAGGCUCUUGUUAUCUAACAAUAGAAUAGCAGCUUGAGGAAAGUAACGACUGAUAUGAUCACCAAUAUUCUUUGCCACACCACCAAGCUCAAAUUCAUCAGACCCCUCAUUGGCAUGAAAAUAACCAACUAUGUUCAAACCUUUAGCAGAAAAGUAUUUCUCUAUCAGAAUGAGAGAGAUCUCCAAUUGAGAAUGGAAGAAGAGGGAUUUGACGCCUCAAACCCAAACACUUCUUGAAUCGCCGCUUAUCGAUUUCAGUUUUCCUUCUGGCCUCAGAUCUCUACUCGUAAAACCCAAAUCUCUUCACGCCUCAGAUCUAUCUCCGAUUUCUCUCUUCACACCUCAAAUCCCCAAUCGCCACUCUUCACACACCUUAAAUCCCUCAAAUAGAUUUCUUCAAUUUCCCAAUCUCACGAUCUCACCUCAUCCAAUCUAUCUAUAUAAACCCACCCAUUCAAGAUCCAUUUUCUUCCAUCUCUGCAUCCUUCUCCUCUAUUUCCACACUCUCCUCUCAGGUUUGGGUGCUUGAUUAACUAGUUAUAAUAAUGGCUGCUCUCAAACCUGGUGUCAUUGCUUUGUUUGAUGUUGAUGGGACUCUUACUGCUCCUAGGAAGGGGGCUACUCCAGAGAUGUUAAAAUUCAUACAAGAACUACGUAAGAUUGUAACGGUUGGAGUUGUUGGCGGUUCUGAUCUUGUGAAGAUAUCUGAGCAACUUGGCCCGACAGUUACCAAUGACUAUGAUUAUGUAUUUUCUGAGAAUGGUCUUGUGGCUCAUAAGCAAGGAAAGCUCAUUGGAACUCAGAGCCUGAAGACAUUUGUUGGGGACGAAAAGCUCAAGGAAUUUAUUAAUUUUACGCUUCAUUACAUUGCUGACUUGGAUAUCCCUAUUAAGAGGGGAACAUUUAUAGAGUUCCGUAGUGGGAUGCUGAAUGUGUCGCCGAUUGGGCGAAACUGUAGCCAAGAAGAAAGAGAUGAAUUUGAGAAGUAUGACAAGGUUCAGAACAUCCGCUCAACAAUGGUUUCUAUACUUCGCGAGAAGUUUGCACACCUUAACUUAACAUUUUCCAUUGGAGGACAGAUAAGCUUUGAUGUUUUCCCUCAAGGUUGGGACAAAACAUACUGCUUGAGAUACCUUGAUGAUUUCAAGGAAAUCCACUUUUUUGGUGACAAAACUUACAAGGGUGGAAAUGACCAUGAAAUCUAUGAAUCUGAACGGACUGUUGGUCACACAGUUACCAGCCCUGAAGAUACCAUAAAGCAGUGUAAAUCUUUGUUCGUGGAAAAUUAAGAUUUUGCAGCUGCACAUCAUAACUGAUACUGAACAACAUGGAGCAAUGUUUUACAGAGAAGACCACAGGAUUCAAAUCUCAUAAAGCCUAAACAGUCUUAAAUUGUUAUACUGGAUUUUCCAUCAUCUGUGAUAGAGUACUUGAUUUGUUCUAGUAAUCCUUAAUUGUAAUUGAUGUGUUUCCUGGAAAUAAUGAAGUCACUAUAGUUAAAUUUCAUCUUUGCUUAUUCA